AGCUUUGGUUGAAUAUUUUUCUCUGUUUUGCUUCUUCAACCCAGCCACGUCUCAUCGCGGUUUAACUUUUUGGUGACUUGUUUUAACUUGAGAUUGGGAGUGAAUACAUACAUACAUACAUACAUACAUACAAAUAUACAUUUAUAUAAAUAUUUACAUAUAUAUAUAUAACAUUAUUUUCUAAGAGCACAUCUCUGGCACUUUUCAUUGAUACCUCUGUCCUUUACCUCUUUGGGAUUUGACAAGCUCCAGACUCAGGGUGGCUGUGGAUUCUGACUGCUUUGCAAAUGGGCAUUUCUUCCCCAGAACUGGGUUUCCAGCACCCACUAAGACAGACCUCUGAGUGACUGGAGCCCUGGCCUGCCUUGCCUCCCGAGCUUGGGGAAGAUGGGACGGAGAUGAGUGGAUUAUAUUCCAUGAAGUAAUAGCUCACCACCAGUCAGGGUUUAAACUACUUUUGCAGCAUCACCUCACCUGUGGACUUUUCUAAAUUCUGCUUUCUUGGGGAAAAAACUAGCCUAAGAGGAGGUCGUUUUUAACAAGUUAGCAUUCUUCUCCCUCCAUUACAAGUUGAUGCAAAAUAUAAGGCUGUGACUCCGUUGGAUUGCACCUUCAGAUCAAAAUAGGAGGAGGAGAAGAAGAAAGGGACAAUGGCUCUGAGUGGAAACUGUAGUCGUUACUAUCCUCGAGAACAAGGGGCUGCAGUUCCCAACUCCUUCCCUGAGGUCGUGGAGCUGAAUGUGGGGGGUCAAGUUUAUUUUACUCGCCAUUCCACGUUAAUAAGCAUCCCUCAUUCCCUCCUGUGGAAAAUGUUUUCCCCAAAGAGAGACACAGCUAAUGAUCUAGCCAAGGACUCUAAGGGAAGGUUUUUCAUUGACAGAGAUGGAUUCUUGUUCCGUUAUAUUCUGGACUAUCUCAGGGACAGGCAGGUGGUCCUGCCUGAUCACUUUCCAGAAAGGGGAAGACUGAAAAGGGAAGCUGAGUACUUCCAGCUCCCAGACUUGGUCAAACUCCUGACCCCCGAGGAAAUCAAGCAAAGCCCGGAUGAAUUCUGCCAUAGUGACUUCGAAGAUGCCUCCCAAGGAAGCGACACGAGAAUCUGCCCCCCUUCCUCACUGCUCCCUGCCGAUCGCAAGUGGGGUUUCAUUACUGUGGGUUACAGGGGGUCCUGCACCAUGGGCAGAGAGGGGCAGACAGAUGCCAAGUUUCGGAGAGUUCCCCGGAUUUUGGUUUGUGGAAGGAUUUCCUUGGCAAAGGAGGUCUUUGGAGAAACUUUGAAUGAGAGCAGAGACCCUGACCGAGCCCCAGAAAGAUACACCUCCAGAUUUUAUCUCAAAUUCAAGCAUCUGGAAAGGGCUUUUGAUAUGUUAUCAGAGUGUGGAUUCCACAUGGUGGCCUGUAACUCCUCCGUGACAGCAUCUUUCCUUAACCAAUACACAGAUGACAAGAUCUGGUCAAGCUACACUGAAUACGUCUUCUACCGUGAGCCUUCUAGGUGGUCCUCCUCGCACUGUGAUUGCUGCUGCAAGAACGGCAAGGGCGACAAAGAAGGGGAGAGCGGCACGUCUUGCAACGACCUCUCCACCUCCAGCUGCGACAGCCAGUCUGAGGCCAGUUCUCCCCAGGAGACGGUCAUCUGUGGGCCCGUGACACGCCAGACCAACAUCCAGACUCUGGACCGUCCCAUCAAGAAGGGCCCCGUCCAGCUGAUCCAACAGUCAGAGAUGCGGCGGAAAAGCGAUCUGCUCCGGACUCUGACUUCAGGCUCCAGGGAGUCGAACAUGAGCAGCAAAAAAAAGGCUGUUAAGGAAAAGCUCUCCGUUGAGGAAGAGCUGGAGAAAUGCAUCCAGGAUUUCCUAAAGAUCAAAAUUCCAGAUCGGUUUCCGGAGAGGAAACAUCCUUGGCAAUCUGAACUCUUACGGAAGUAUCAUCUAUAGGGGAGGGCUCAGGGGUGGGAGAAGAAACAAAUCAUGUCACCAUUUUGAAAGAAACCUUCUAAAAGAAAUUCAUAUUUGAAAAGAAAAAUAACUAACAAUACCUGUUUGUUAGACCAUAAUAGCCCAUUGAUAUACUACUGCCUAUUUACCUAGUUCACCUUAACAUCUAAAUCCACAGGGUAGAUUUCUUUCCAGAUGUGGAAGUAUAAGAAAAUCUUUUUUUGGUUAUUUGUUUGUUUGUUUGUUAACUUGGUCCCAUGUGCUGAAUAUCUUAUAUAAUGAGAGCUGGCUACAUAAGAGUAGCUGAGAGGCCUUGGGAGUCAUUGAUCUCAAACUGGGUUUUUCUCUCAUCUUCUACCUCGUUCCUUUGAACGAGAAGAUGGUAGAAAGAGAUCUGGCCCAAUGACAUAUGUUUGGAUUUUUAAAAUUUUCCUUUUCCUUUUAUUUAUGGGGUAAGGGGGAAAAUGGCAGAUUUAUAUGACUUUUCACUCAAAUCUGUUAUGUGCCAGUUUAUAGCGACUCCGUAUGCAUGAGUAUUUGUGCAACACAAGCACAACGAAGUAUGUAUAUACACACAGUGCACAUGACCCCAGGGCUGGGCCAUUCUGAGGGGUGUGCCCCUGCUCCCGGCAGCACUCUCUUAGAGCACUUCAGACAGAUGAGCCUCUGCUCUUUUCUUAAAACCCUUCCGGGAAGGUUUCCCAGCCUCUCUUGGCAACACUUUCUAACAUCCAAUAACCCUCAUCAUCAACCAAUUGUAUUCCUUGUUUUGAAAUUAACACCUGUAGGGUCUGUUCUACCGUGUUGCUCUUUCUCUGUGCUAGGAGAGGGUGAGAAGAGCUGGUCAAACCUUCUUUGUGUUAAAAAAACAAACAUUCAUAUCCACACAAAUUCCUACUAAACAACCCCACAGUCAGCCUUCUCUACCCUGAGCUGAAUUAUCUUCCUUCUCUCAUUGUUUUCAGAGUUCUUACUGCCCAUGUUUUAAUGGUAUGGCCUUUUCCCAUAAUCCACAUUAAGUUCUCUGCAUUUCUAUGUAGUUGUGGAAGUAAGAAAAACACACAGUACUUGAAUAAGGGUCUGGCCUUUUGUUUGUUUAAGAGGCAGUUGUAUUCCACACACUUGCUAAUAAUUUCUCAUAACGUUUUAAAACCACAGUGCUCCAUUGUUCCUUUCUUGUAGCCAGUUUUGUUUGCCUUUGGGAUUCUGGGAUUUGGCUGUGUCUAUACAAGCUAUGCCUGAAUGAACAACCCAACUAGAUAACUGGAGCUCCAAAAUUAAGGUUUUUGGCUUUAUAAACUCUCUUUCUUGAUUACAUCCUUGACCUGUAUAGACACAGCCAAAAGUAAACUGUUAAUAGCCAUCCAUCCAUGUGACUCUGUAUUCUAUUAAUGUACCAAUAACUCUUUCAUAGCCUUGUGGUAAAUGAAGACUAAAAGACCGGUUUUUGUUUUCAGCAUUCCUCAUGCAUUUCAGUGGGAAUGGAAAAAAUAAUUUGUCAAUUAUUAAUUGUGUGCCAAGCACUCCUAUUUUUUUUAUUGUGUGUGUGCGUAUGUGUAUAUGUAUCACAGGUAAUAAAGACAACUGGAUGAUGUCUAUGGGAGGGAAAAAUGAUGACCAGUUGCUUCUUUUUGAAAUCUUUCAUUGAUGCACAUUUAUUAUGUAAGAGGUUCUGUCUUGAUUCCUGUUAUUAGUGCCUAUUAGUAUAUGCAUAUCUUUGAAUUUUUGUAAUUCUUGCCUUCACACCAGGGUGACAGAUUCAGCCAAUGUUUUCUUGUCCUGAUGGUUUGAAUGGAGUUUAAAGUUUUACUUAAGUGAAAAAGUUCAUCUGGGGAGUUGAGUUGUCAAGAGAAUUAUAAUUUAUCAAUUUAAGUGGGAAUCUUUUAUGUAUUAACAUGUUAGCAAACAUUUGAUUUUAACUACAACAUAGCUGUGUAAAACCUACCAAAAUGUCUUCAUUCUUUUUAAUGUUUCUUAAUACCACAUCAAAAUACCAUCAUCCUAAUAAUAGAUCUUACAAAUAAUCACAGAACUUAAUGGGUCAAGAAGAAGUUGGACAUGAUGAAAAUAUCCCCAAACUCUUUUUGGUCAAAUGUCGACCUACUGGAAAUGUGUCAAAGAGUUUGGGUCUGAAUGAAAUGGCCAAAGUCCAACUUCCUUAACUUUCAGACCUGACUUUAAUGGCAUCAGGAUAGAGAUCUACCAGUAAGAGCUGGAGAACUAAUAAGAUGGCAGUUGACUCACUACUUCUUCUACAUACUAUAGUAGGAAAUUAAACACUGCAAAGAAAAUGUUCAUGGCAUAUGUCUCUGUCCCUUGACUUGUCAUGAUUUUUUUUUUCUGCUUAGGCACUCUUUGUAUCCCCAGUGAACAAAACUAGUGGUAGAAAAUCUGUUUAAAACAACAACAACAUUUUUAAUCUGGACAAGCUCUAGACUGACACCCAUCCCAAAUAGUCCAAAUAGUUAAGACAACAACAUGGUGUUCAUUUGCAUGGGUGUUGGUAUUGAGAGGAAUAUAGACCUGGUUAAUAAAAAGCCCUGAGGAGGCACCAAGUAAAUGGAAGUCUUCAGUCCUAGUUUGAAUGGAGUUGUCAAGUGAAGCCCAUGUGGCCUGCAACACUGGAAAUGCAUUCUGGGUAAGUGAGUUAUAAGAUUAAAUGUUCUAGUAGCCUUGGUAGUCACUGUGAAUCAGGCCUGUUUUUCCAAACUUAAAAUAGUUUUUAGAACUUUUAGUUCAAUUCUGGACAGAACAGUAUAUGUGGUUUGCUUCUUGAACAUUGGUUAUGACAAGGACCAUAAAUUGCUGAUAUGAAGAAACGAAUAGCAUCAGAUGGGUCAAAUGAAUGAGAAAGCAUGUGUAGAGCCUCAACUGAGGUUGCCUCCUGGGAAAUCCUACAAUGCUAAAAUCCAGUGAGCUUGGGGAAGUCUUUCUCUACAGGCACGUGGGUCUCCUGAAGUCAGAAACAUAUUUAUAAAGUCCUCAUACCCACAAUCAAAAAGAGAGUGAUCUACAUUCAUCAGCAAAAGGGGAAGACAGGAAAGUAAAGCUGUUAGAUCAUUGUGGUAGUGUGCUCUCCCUCCCGCUGCUAAGAAAAAAUUGCACUGAGAAGAGGCCAGAAAACAACAAACUAAAAUGGCUUGCUCAAUAUGCAGUGAUGUUAUCCUUUGUAAUUGUAGGCACAGUUAUCUUACUGGAAAUGCAUGCAUGGUGAAUUCAAAUAAAAGGGGAACAAUGCACAAAUUAUGUGUUCCCUUUGCUCUUUAUUCCUGCAUAGCUAUGUUGACCUCACCCGAUUGAUUUUAGAGGGACACAUUUACUAAAGGGGAGCUAAUCUGAAUCUCACUUUUCAAUUGGCCUCGUUCGACUCAGAGGCACUUUUAUCCAUAGGCAUAGACGCGUGCUGUUCAUUCGGGGUCCUCUUAGUGGCCACUGCUUGUGCUUCUUGGUUACUUUUGCUUCUCUAGCCUUUAGAUUCCACUCUGAUUAUCCUUUGUGCCAAGCAAAACAUACUCCAGCAAGAAAACCAAAGAUGUACAUAGUGUUUUGCACAAUUACCUAAAUGCCAGCUCCUGUAAUGGGAGCCAAACUUGGAUUCGCAUGCAUUUUCCUUUGCAACAAUUUCAACCUUCCAACUUUGUGUUUACCACAGUGGAUUAACCCAGAGCACUUGAGUGCGGGUGUUUUCUGCCACUAGAUAGCAUGCCAUGGAAUUUGACUAACCUUGGUCUUCCAGAUGAUCUUUACUAGGAUUAAUAAGACUCUUUCUUGUGAACUUUUAGGAAGAAUUCUUUGUCACCUCCACUUGACAUAGCAGUUUUCAAAGAAAAAAUGAAGGGAGUUAUUUUUCCCUCCUGGUGACUCUGUGGCAGAUAAAUGUUUAUGCCAAUUUGCAUGCUGGGUUAUAGGUUUAGCAUGGGCCAUUUCUCUCUUUAAUGUCUUGGUAUUGUUGGCAUCUUGCAAUCUUGAUGGCCCACUGUUCCAAUUUAUUUAUUUUCUUUUAUGUUGUCAAAAUAAUACACUAGAGAAAGAAUCAGAAUGAGCAUUCUGUAUUCUGAGUUAAAAUGGAGUUAGACGUCAUUUGUACAGGACUGUACAAUGAUUAAUAUCUGCAGAGAAAUUAGACCAAAUGAAACCUGCUGGAAUGGUUUUGAUUUAUAUCGCCAUCAUCAUUGUGGUUUCAGAUGAAAUGGUUAUUGCUCUCCAUCCCUGCUGAAAGAAAAGAGUCUUAACCUAUAAUAAUUGCAACAUUGUGAUGCAACCGUAGAGCUUGUUUGUUUGAAAUGUCUGUUUUCCUCAUCUUACCAUAAACAUUGGGAGGGAGAUUCUUUUCCCAAUGAUCUCCACUGCAAACUUUUUAGCAGUCUUUUUCAAUACUUAGCGUGCACAAAAAUAAUUUGUAGCACUUAUAAAAAUGCAGAUUCCUUCACUCUAACCCCAUAGAGUCUGAUUCAGAAACUUCAAGAAGAACAACGAAUCUGCCUUUUGGGCUGACGUCCUUAAUGAUUUUGAUGGGAUGGUCUGUGGAUGUUACUUUGAGAAAUUCUGCUAUUUAGGACUAUGCAGAGGUCAACAUUUCUCUCACUUCCUAGUGUCACUUCCUCAAUUCUUCUCACAUUCUUUCCACUACAAAUAAGUCAAAGCUUGCAUAAUUCAUUGUCUUAAGAGAAGAGGCUCAAAGAAGAACAUCCCAGGACUAGGGCAGAUAGAUUUCUAUGAUUCCUCUGCCCUUUCAUCUGCAUGGCAACCUUUUUUUUUUUUUUUUUUGCCACACUGAAAGCCUGCAUCAAUAUCGUCUAUCUCUGGGUGGGUGGGAGCACAUCUCUGAGCGAGAUGUAUCCUAAUGAUACCCAACAAGGAAUAGAAAUAAUGACCUUUCCAAGGAGAGUUGUUCAUUUCCAGGCUCUCAUGCAGUGUGAGGCAGAGGAACUUGAGAGUAAUCCGUAAUUUAAUCAUGUAUAUGGCCCUAGAGGCAUUAACUACACUUACAAACACCACCAAAAUGAAUAUGGAAUGAUGAGUGAAUUCAUCUGCAUUUCACCAAUAAAACCCUGAGUCCUUGAACUGCUAAUUUUGUCCAAUUUGACUCACACAGGACUAUGAAGCUCUCAGAUAGCUGAAGAUGCUGAACCCCAAUGUUAACUAAAAACUUCAAGCAAAACUCUUGAGGGAGAAUAAAUACAAAAGAAAGAAAUAAGGAGUGAAUUCAAAAUAGUAGUCAUAUUCCAUAUGCAAUGACACGAGGAAGGUGAACUUCUGUAAUUUUCCACUCACUCUGCCCACGGGAGAUGGCCAUACUAUGAUUAUUUAGAUAGAAGAAAUUUUGGAGGGUUUUGGUGGUCCAAUUGGUUCUAUCCAUAUAACUGAAUAUCUAGAUAGGUAUCAAAUUCCCACAAGCUACAAGAAAUGGAGAAUGAGUGGCUGAAAUUUAUGCUUGUCAUGAUCAUCAGUGAAUAUUUAAGUAAAGACUACUGCCAAAGGAGAGUGAAGAAUGGUUCAUGAAACUAAUGAAUUUGAGCUGCUAAUUAAGAUUAUUUGGCCAAGAUUUUAAAAAUAAACGUUAAAUUUGAUUCA